CAUGGCUGCCAAACUAAUCGACCGAAAAUUACACAACAUCUCAGGAAAGCUGCUUGUCGCAGAGCUGUUCUUCGAGGUUCCCCUCAACUACAGCCGACCGGGAGAUGGGACUCUUCGACUCUUCGCUCGCAGCGUCCGUCGUUCGGCAAAACCACUUGACUCUGGUAAAGAUGACAAGCAGUCACCUCUCCCCUGGCUUGUCUACCUGCAGGGUGGUCCAGGAAUGGGUUGUCGUCCCCCGCAGGAGUACGGCUGGGUCGGGACAGCACUGGACAAAGGAUACCAGGUAUUGUUCCUCGACCAGCGUGGAACUGGGUUAAGUUCAACCGUCACAGCAAGGACCCUGGCUCUGCAGGGCAAUGCCAUUAAACAGGCCGAGUAUCUCAAACAGUUCCGGGCUGAUAGCAUUGUGAAAGACUGCGAAGCUAUCCGUCGCUGUCUGACAACGGACUACCCAGAAGAGAAGCGGAAAUGGAGCAUCAUCGGCCAGAGCUUUGGCGGGUUCUGUGCCGUAACCUAUCUUUCCUUCUUCCCAGAAGGACUGGUUGAAGCAUUCAUUUGCGGCGGGCUUCCGCCCCUUGUCAACGGACCGGAUCCUGUCUACUCCCGUACUUACGAAAAGGUAAUUGAGAGAAACAAGGCGUACUAUGCCAAGUUUCCGGAAGACGUCUAUCGGGUGAAAAAGGUCGUCGACCAUUUGAAGCAGAACAAGGUUAGCGUACCAUCUGGGACGCUUAUUCCUGAACGCAUCCAGCAACUGGGAAUCAUGUUUGGCAUGCAUGGAAAUCUUAUAUUGCGCGCCGCCAGCGAUCUGGAGGUUUUCGGCUUCCUCACCCAUCCUACUCUGGUGGCUAUUGAUAGCUUUGGCGGCUUCGACAGCAAUAUCAUCUAUGCUAUCCUCCACGAGUCCAUCUACUGCCAGGGAGAGGCCUCCAACUGGUCCGCAGACAGACUCCGGUCAUCGAACCCAGUCUUCAGCCUUGACACAAAUGCACCAGAAGUCCUUUUCACGGGAGAGAUGAUAUACAAAGACAUGUUUGACUCUUACACCGAACUUAACCAAGUCAGAGAAGCAGCAGAGAUCCUCGCCUCAACGACCGACUGGCCCGCCCUCUACGACGAGGCGCAGCUAGCGAAGAACGAAGUCCCCGUGUACGCAGCGACAUACAUAGAAGAUAUGUACGUACACUACGAUCACUCGCAAACCACCGCUGCGAAGAUCAAAGGUAUUAAGCAGUUCAUCACGAAUGUGAUGUACCAUAAUGCGAUUCGGAGUAAAUCAGAUGAGCUCUUCCAGCAGCUUUUUGCGCUGAGGGACGAUACGAUAGAUUAGACGCCGUGGCCAACCUGAGAAGGCAAGCGCAAUAAGUACCUAAGACGAGGACUGGGCAGUCACGCAAAUCGAAUCUUCCUAGAUUGCGUCAAGCAUACAUGGCAAAUGCGAUGGACCUGACCAGUUGCGCGUU